AAGACUAUUCCGCAUUCCAGUGUAAAUUACAUUUUUGUAGCCUGCAACCACCUUCGCACCCGGAAAUAAAACAAAAAGUUUAAAGGGACAAAUGACAAACAACAGAUAAACUUCCUGUAGCAUUUUGCAAAAACAACAAAUAUCUAACAAAAUAUGGAAAGCUAUCUUAUAUUGUUGCUGUGUAUUUUACAAAUAUCUACAGGAAAAACUGAUGUAAAAAUCCCUUUGGGUCAUGGAGAAGAGCUUGGGAGACAUCGACCUUCAGUUGGCCACGUCGAAGAGUUACACGAAAUCCCAACCCCGUCAAUAUUUUGGGAAAAUUAUGCGAGCGCCGGAACGCCAGUUGUUUUCAAAGGGGCUGCAAAACGUUUCCCUGCGUUUAAGUUAUGGACUGACGAAUUUUUGACAGAAAAUUUUGGCAACCUCGAAGUUAAAUUGGAAUCGAAAAAGGAGAAGGACGAAACCCCGAUCGGGGAAAGGGGCCUAGGGCGUGAUACCAUUAAAAGUUAUCUGAGUGAUUAUCACGCAAAAGACUCGUAUGUGGUCUCUCAGUUACCCGACCCGAUGGCGCGGGAUGUCGACGUUCUGUCGUGCCUGUCAUGCGGGACGUUCACCAAAAGAAUUAUGGAGGCGACCCUCUGGCUGAGUAGCGGGGGCACGUCUAGCCUGUUGCAUCGUGAUGCUGAUAAUGCUAUUAAUUGUUUGUUAAAUGGGACCAAAGACUGGAUUUUGAUUGAUCCAAAACACGAGGAUAAAGUAUAAAUUAAUGUUUCUUUGUAGGUUUGAAGCUGACGACCAUAUAUUUUACUCUGUUGAUCAAUGUUUACUUUUCAGUGCAUGGUAGAGCCCUCGGUAUACCUAAACAAAACUAUGUUUAUUGAAAUUUGAUAGUUCUAUCAGUUCUCCGGCCCUUAAUUACGAAAAAGUCUAUAGGUGGCCUGUGGGGGCCUUCACAGGAAAUGUUCCAAUGCAGUGGCAUAACUUCUAUGGGCUCGGACCGGGCAAACCCGGGAGCCCCCAACCCCGAUGGGCCAAAUGGGGGCCCCCAGGGUCAGGUUGUAGAGCAAAAACAUUGGCCAGGGCCUCUGAUAUGUCACAAUGUCAUAUUGUCAUUUUCUGACCAUCAGAAUUCUGUAAAAUCUCUCCCCAAAGUCCGGGAAAUAGCAUUUCAGAGAGUCUAGCUUCAAAUUUUCCCUGUGAGCAUGCCCUGGUCUCCCCCUAGAAAAGUUGGGAAAUUAGUAAAUUUAUACUAUAUAUAUAUAUAUAUAUAUAUAUAUAUAUAUAUAUAUAUAUAUAUAUAUAUAUAUAUAUAUAUAUAUAUAUAUAUAUAUAUAUAUAUAUAUAUAUAUAUAUAUAUAUAUAUAUAUACACAAGAUAAUGCCCUGGACGUAAAUAACAUGACAACAGAAUUAUGUAUCUUGGAAUGACUUAAUGUACCAGUUGUGCUCUAUUUAUAUUUUUUAUGCCUAUAAUAGAUCAUAAACUGAAAUAUAGCUCAUGCAACUUUAAUGGCACUCACAAGUAUGCAGAUCAGCUUCACAUCCAAGAUACCAGAGGGUACUUUUCAGUCCAAUUAGCAAUUAUAGGUCUCCUAUAGCAUGAUAGUUAACCCAAAGAUACACCACUGCAUGUAUGCAGCUGGUGACAUUGUUUUAACCAUAAAACCAAGUUUGUGCACCACUUGAUGGUCAUGCAUGUACUGACUGCAUGUAAUAGGAAUUUUGCUUCUAUAAGUUCAAUACAUUUCUGAAACCCACCUUAAGAAUAUGCUGUUCAAUUCUCAACAUUUUAGAUCCCUAUAGCCCAAGGUGAUAAAGGUUAUGGCGGUUUUGCUGUCUUGGAUGUGAACAGUGUUAACCUCAUUAAAUAUUCUGAUUUUCAACAUGUUCCCUGGCAAUAUGCAAAUAUUACUGCUGGAGACUGCUUGUUUUUACCAUAUGGUGAGAUAAUGUUCCUAGUUUAGUCACCAUACCCCAAACCUUUUUAGUUUGACAAAGACGCACCUGCCAAGGACAAGGUCAAGGUGUUGUGAAUAAAACAAGUGAAAUUACAAUAUAAGAUCUACCACACAGCUAGCUAAGUCUACUAAGUGGGAAUUACCAUGCUAGCCCAUUGGUGACCUCCAAAUUUAAUAUGCAAGAGAACUUCGGAUUUAUUUAUAGCAUAUUCACUUUCUUCAGCUCAGAAUGAUCGAGCUUUGUUUAGAGAGCUUGUCGUUUAGUCUGUCAGACUAUUCAAAAGUAGUAAUUAAAAGCUACAUUCAGAGUGCUCUUGCUCAGCUGUGCAACUCAUUAACGUGUCAUCAACGCCGGCAUGCCGAUAAGAUAUGGCUUAUAAGGGAAAGUACAUUUAUUACACUGAGGGAGGGGGAUGAAGAUGUCUUGAAAAAAGCUCAUAUUUUUACAGGGCCCCUGUUGAGGUUAUCGGUAAAUUUCGAUGCCCCCCCUCCAAGUUUUUAAAAUUUUCAAUGCCCCCCCUCUAGAAUUCGGAAUCGAAGGAGUACAAUCCGGAAUUCUCUCUUAUCAUAGAUACAAUUUGCAGUUCCUCAAGAUGUCUGAUAUACUCAAGCAUGUGCUUCUCCUCAACAAAACUACCGAUCUGCUGCUUCUUUCACCUCACUAGCGCCAGAUGAAAUGGCACCGUCUUUAAAACAUUUUAAAUUGGCUCUAGGGGUGAAAUUAUCAACAAGUUGUUGUUGUCCAUCAUUCAGCGUAUUCGGAGUCUUGAACACGUUCAUGUAGUGGCCAGGAUUUCCUGGAUCAGGGUAAUGUGCUGGAACCUUACAGUAUGUCGCCCCCACCCAACGUAUCUCCCGGCAUCUGUUGCAAAUGUCUUCAAAAAUGCAUGCAAAAGUGGCCAGUAUGCUUCAAUUUCUUUAAUUUCCAUCCCGUUUGUACGAAAUAUCCCAUAAACAUAGAACAUAUCAUUCUUGCAAAUCGUAUAUAUGCUUUUUUGUUUUUGGAACUGCUACUUUUUGGCGCGUAAAUUACUUCACAAACCUGGCACCAAAAAAUUUAAAAUAAGCUAUAGGUGAUUUCAUGUAUCCAUUUAGAAGAGCAGACUAAGGAUAUCUUAAAACUGAAAUCGGUUUCGAAUACAACCAUCAGGGACGUGGCAAAGCAUCUGACGUUUGGGGGGGGGAUGUCAGAGGAUUAUACGUGUAAUAAUUAUAAUAAAGCUUUUUGUGAUUGAUUGGCACUCUCAUACUAAAUUUUGGGAGAAAAGGGGGGUCUGAUAGGUAUUUUUGAAGCUCUAGGACUGAAUUUCUGGCGUUUUCUAAAGCAAAUUUCGCAAACAAAUUGCAUGUAAAUUGACUGUAUUUUACAAAAAUGGUUAUCAUUUCACAAAAAUAAUUACUUUAUUACGCAAAUUUUACCUGAAAAUGUAAAAAUUUUAACUUUAAUUUGCUGGGGUCAAACCUUUGAAAAGUUUAGAGCCCCCUUCAGUAUAUCAAGAACUUUCAGAGCCCCCCCUUUAAUGCCAGAAAAUAUUUCGGAGCCCCCCCUUAACAUCUUCAUCCCCCCCCCCCUCGGCAUAAUAAAUGUACUUUCCCUAAGUAACCGGCGAUGAGUAGAUGAUUUUUUUCAUCAGUUAUAAUCAGUUUACAAUAAUAGUUGUAUACUAGACAUACUAGUGCUUGAAGCGUCCCAGUUAGCUGUCACCUUUCAAAUUAGAACAGCAAAAAUUAAUUAGAGGGCCCCCUAUACCUCUUCACAAAAUGCUUUCACGUAAAAAUAUUUUGCCUUUUCACGAGUCACGAAAAAUUGAAAAAAUUCCGGCGUUCACGUUCACGGAAAAAUCGAAGCGAUCACGAUUCACGUAUUAAAAGUAAAACAAAGUUCACGAAUUAUUAUAGGAUGUCUUCCUUAAUUGGAGAAUCAUUGUACUCGUCUGUACUUACCUCGACAUGCUUUCAAACCUCCAACUAUGUCGAAAACAGGCUUCUGUACAUCAAGUACUUCAAAAAACAGCAACAAACCGUAUUUAUUCCUUGGAAAGCUGAUCACACAAAAGGUCACAAAACAGAAGAUUCACGAAUCACGAAUAUUUCUAUCUGCCAUUCACGGGUCACGGUUAAAUCGAAUCUUUCUUUCACGUGCACGUAAAAAGAUUGGAAGUCAUACCAUCACGAAUCACGGAUUAAGAAAAUCAUCGAUCACGUUUCACGGCUAUAAGUAAAAUAAGCCCAUCACGCUUCACGCAAAAAGUAUAGGGGGCCCUCUAAUUAGUGUUGUAGGCUCAAGUAAACUAGGGAAAUGAAUAAUGUGUCCAAAAAAACGGGCAUCUCCCGCCAAAUGUGAGAGACUCGGUAGUCCUGAGCACUUAGGAGUUAGGUUUUAUUGAGUAUAACGUCCACGCAAAUUACUUAUCCAAAUAAUGCCUCUUUUAAGAAGGCAUUAAGGUGAGCGAUUUGCGGCCUAGCAAUAAAUGAAUGUACAAUUUCAUGGCAGGUUAUUGGCAUCAAGUGAGAUCGUAUGGCAGUAAAAACAUGGCUGUCUCAGUCUUAUUCUCAAGAUUGAAGGCAUUCAAUCCCAGUGGUUGUGAUAAAACAGAAUACGCACCAUUCUCUCUGGCUGAUGCUGGUAUGGUGUGGACAUACCCUGGUUAUGGGCCACAAACACUGGGAAAUAAUGACCCUUUUGAAAUCAGGUAUAUUAUUACAAUCACCACCAUCAUCGUCGAUGAAUUAUAUUCACUAUCAUGUUUUUGAUGUUACUCUGAGUGCAUGUAUGUCCACACCGGGCAGGCUGAAAAGUUUGCCUGACCACGGUGGGAAUCAACCCGCGACCUUUGGGAUACUAGUCCAAUGCUCUGCCAACUGAGCUAUACGAGGUCAAGGCGGUUCGAGUGUGUGGUAUUUCGGAACUAAGUCUACUAGUCUAGUACCUUCGAUACCAUUGUGUUCUUAUCAUGAUAUCACUAUCAGUUGCAUUUUUCGCAACUUCUCCUGGUUAUGACUAAAAAAUGUAUAGAAUUCACACACCCGCGUAAUGGGCCAUUGCAUUAUAGACUACAUUUUGAUCUCAACGUACAAGUCUAGAUAAAAAUUUUUAAUUUUAUCACAGCUUGAAAAGGCAUCACAAAAUUAGUAAUAUUCCAAAGUUUCGUUGCGAAAUGUUGUAAAAUGCGGAUAAUAUGGCUUUGCGAAGUUUGCCGUUUUUCAGUCAUUUUGCAUUACGCGGGGGAAAUUGACAGCCCAAUACCCUUUGGGGCUGUCAAUUUCCCGUUUGUAAUAGAAAAUGACUGAAAAACGGCAAAAUUCGCAAGGCUAUAUUAUCCGCAUUUUACGACAUUUCGCAACGAAACAUUGGAAUAUUACUAAUUUUGUGAUGCUCUUUCAAGCUGUGAUGAAAUUUUUAUCUAGACUUGUUGAGAUCAAAAUUUAGUCUAUAAUGCAAAUGGUCCAUUGCCACCUACAGAUUCUACAAAAUCCUUCAACAAUAAACAGUAAAGUCUAUUGUCUAAAAUCGUCUAGUAAAGUCUAUUGUCUAAAAUUGUCUUAGAGACGCGUUGGCAGAAAUGAUUGGAGACCUGGAAAGCAGAAAUGAAAAAAUUGAUAAUUCCGAUUUGUUUUUCAAAUGGUUUACCGAGGUAUAUCAGAAUAUUUGUCAAAUAGUAGGUAUGAGAAAAUGUAGGACAGUUUUUAACUGAUAAGCAUUUAUUAAGAAACUUAGAAAGAUAUAUUAUAUAAAACUUCAGGUAUUAAGUGCAUAGUUUCAUUAGUUUGUUUACCAUUUAAUAGGCUGAUAUGCUUGAUCAUGAAAGUCAGAGAAAAAAUCUUGCAGAAUUGGUAAGAAACUGAUUUCGUAUUAAUUAAGCUAACAAUAAUUGUUACACUAUUAAUUAUGCUGUGACAACGGUCAUCUUGGACUGAUUAAUCAUGUUAAAUUGACAGCAAUCAUUAACCAUUAAUAUUAAUAUUAACAUUAACAUGCUAUUCUAUAGAUGUACCAAGAGUUAAAGACAUUCUGUAACGGUCAAAUUACAUCAGAGUUUAUUAUGAAGCUUUCAAUUGAUCAGUUGAAAUCACUGGUCAUGUUAAUUGAUGGUGAUCCUGCUAACACUGAGGAGUAUGAACAUGCCAUCUUUGCACCAGAAGAUGUAAGGUAUGGUACCAUUCUAUCAUCACCAUGCAGUUAUCAUCAUCACCAUCAUUACCACCACCAUCAUCAUUACCAUCAUCAUCACCAUCAUCAUCAUCACCAUCAUCAUCAUCACCAUCAUCAUCACCAUCAUCAUCACCAUCAUCACCAUCACCAUCAUCACCAUCAUUACCAUCAUCAUCAUCAUAUAUCACCAUCAUCACCAUCAUCAUCAUCACCACCAUCAUCAUCAUCACCAUCAUCAUCAUCACCAUCAUCAUCAUCACCAUCAUCACCAUCACCAUCAUCACUACCAUCAUCAUCAUCACCAUCAUCAUCACCAUCAAUCACGUCACGAUCAUCAUCAUCGAUGUCUUCACCAUUACCAUCAUCAAACCACCAUCACCCACAUAUCUCAGAAGCUCUUAAAUCUGUCUCUUUUUCCAGGGAAAUGAUCGAAACACUGUUGAUUGAUAACGAUGGAAGUUUCAGCCAAGAAAUGUUGAGAACUGCAUACGAGGUAUUGUAGAGAUGUUCUGACAAAUUUAAAACAUGAAGCGUUUAGCACUUGGGCAGAACUGUUCUUAAACACCCCAAUAUAUCGCACAACACUCAUCACUUUCUUCCCAUUAAGACCUUGGGUGGUUCUGAGAAAAUUGCUCGAGAAUUAUUUCUUGACAUGGAUUUGAAUGAAGACGAGAUUGUGACAAGAGAAGAAAUAUCACAAACUUUGGAUGAUGUCCUGGUGAAGUUUCAAAAGGAAUACCAACACGACCCUUCGAGUACGUAG